AUGCUUGCUUUGGGCCUGACGGCGCUGCACAUGGCGGUGCGCAGCCGCUCGCUGCAGAUGCUGCAGCUGCUGCUGGGCGCGGAGGGCGUGCAGCUGGGAGACGCGGCGCUGCACGCGGUGCGCGACGACCAGCCCGCCAUGGCCAGCGCCCUGCUGCAGCGCCUCGGGUCGCCCGCCGAGUUCUCCGGCUGCCGCGACAGCAGCGAGUUCCCCGAGCACGUGACGCCCCUCAUGCUGGCCGCCAUCUGCGGCCACUGCCGCACCGUGCAGAUGCUGCUGCGGCGGAGACACGUGCUGGCCCGGCCGCACCCGCCCGGCUGCCCGCGGCAGACGCGCGAGCAGGACGGUCUGAGGGCCGCGGCGGCGCGCAUGGACGCGUACCGCGCCGCCUGCAGCCCGGCCUACCUGUGCCAGGCGAGCCGCGACCCGGUGCUCGAGGCCUUCCGGCUGUACCACGAGCUCACCCGCUGCGCGCACCUGUUCGUCGCCUUCCACGGCGCCUACUCGCAGCUGGCGGCCGGCUGCCGGGCGCUCGCCGUCGACCUCAUGGCGCAGUGCCGCACCGCGGAGGAGGCGAGGACGGUGCUGAUGCAGACCGCCGGCUCCGACUACCCGGGCACCUUCGAGUUCCCUCGCCUCAUGCUCGCCAUGCGGUACAACCAGAAGGAGUUCGUGGCGCACUCCAACACGCAGCAGGUGCGGUGCCCCGCCCGCCCGCGCGCCUGGCUGGAGGGGCGGGGGUCAGGGGUGCUGCUGGCGGCGUGGAGCGGCACGUGGCACGAGUGGCAGCUGCGCCCCGCGCCGCUCAAGAUGCUGACGGUGCUGGGCAGGGUCGCCCUGCUGCCCGUGGUGGCUGCCGUGUACGCGGCGGCGCCCUUCACGGAGCGGGCGCAGUUCUGGCGGCUCGCCGUCAACAAGAUGCUCAACAGCAUCGCGGCCUACCUGGUGUUCCUGUCGCUGCUGCUGGCCCACUCGCUCGCGAGCAAGGAGGGCCAGACGCGCGCGCAGGCCCGGUCCGGCAAGUGUCAACAACAUAACCUCAGCAGAUAA